ACAGUUAAAGUGCAUUACAUAAACACACAUCAGUUGUAAACACAAUUGACAUUCAAAUGGUUAUAAUCUCUUCUUUCUCUCUACUCUUUGUUGAUCAUCAAUGAGAAGAUCUCUCUCUUUGAACCUGAUCUCUGAGUCGAUAAAUGUAUAGUUGAUUUGGUUUUUGAUUCAAUACCAUCACACCAUCGCUGCUGCUGUUGAUGACAUUAUCGUCGACAACAACAACAAUGAUGGCCACGAAUGACAUUCAUAACAAUAACAACAACAACGACAUGACAACAAUGGAUGGACAACAACAACAACAUAAAGACUGUGAUAUCCAGAUGACAAACGGCGACUCUAUUGACUCAUUGGCCAGUCGUCUAUCGGCCAAACUAUUGAUGGACGACUCUAUAUGUUUGGUUAGCUAUGAAAGUGAACUACAAAUGCCUGAUAUCAUGGGUCUGAUCCAAAAGGAUUUGUCUGAACCGUACUCUAUCUAUACGUAUCGUUAUUUUAUCCAUAACUGGCCGCAGCUGUGCUUUCUUGCCAUGGAUGACAGUAAAUGUGUGGGCGCUAUCGUCUGUAAGCUGGAUAUGCACAAGAAAAUGGUCGGCAGAGGCUAUAUAGCUAUGUUGGCCGUCGAUGAAAACUAUCGGAAACGAAGAAUCGGUUCCAAUUUGGUUCUCAAAGCUAUUCAGGCUAUGAUUGCCGGCGACGCCGAUGAGGUCGUAUUGGAGACCGAAGUGACCAACAAAUCGGCGCUCAAAUUAUAUGAAAACUUGGGAUUCGUUAGAGACAAACGAUUGUUUCGCUAUUAUCUUAAUGGUGUCGACGCUCUUAGGCUUAAACUAUGGCUUAAAUGAUAUCAUUUUUUUUAAAUAAUUUUAAAUAUUUGUUUGUUUCGUAAUUUAAUUAUUUGUUACAUUAAA